AUGGACCCCUUCCAGACGGUCGCGCGCGAGAUGAAGUUCCUGACGGGCAACAUCCGCUCGCUGCUCGGCAGCGGCCACCCGACGCUCGACACGGUCGCCAAGUACUACACCCAGAGCGAGGGCAAGUACGUGCGCCCGAUGCUCGUGCUGCUCAUGAGCCGCGCCACCGCCCUGACGCCCCAGCGCGCCCGUCGAGGGAGCAGCGGCAGCAGCGGCGGCAGUGGCAGCAGUGGCAGCAGCGUCGACGCCCCCAUCUCCAGCCCGCAGACGCUGCGCGACGCCAACCCCGACGCGAGCACCUCCAGCCCCGCCCAUGACCCGUCCGCCGCCCAUGACCUGUCCGCCGCCGCCGCCGACAUCCUGCCCUCGCAGCGCCGCCUCGCCGAGAUCACAGAGCUGAUCCACACCGCCUCGCUGCUGCACGACGACGUCAUCGACCACAGCGUCGCCCGCCGCGGCGCCGCCUCGGCCAACACCGAGUUCGGCAACAAGAUGGCGGUGCUGGCCGGCGACUUCCUGCUGGGCCGCGCCUCGGUCGCCCUCGCCCGUCUGCGCGACCCGGAGGUCACGGAGCUGCUGGCCACCGUCAUUGCGAACCUGGUCGAGGGCGAGUUCAUGCAGCUGCAGAACACGGCGCGCGACGAGUCGGAUCCGGCCUGGAGCGACGACACCCUCGCCUACUACCUGCAGAAGACGUAUCUCAAGAGCGCCUCGCUGAUUAGCAAGUCGUGCCGCGCCGCCGCCGUGCUGGGCGGCUGUGCGCCCGACGUCGUCGACGCCAGCUACGCCUACGGCAAGAACCUCGGCAUGGCCUUCCAGCUCGUCGACGACAUGCUCGACUACACUGUCAGCAGCGCCGAGCUGGGGAAGCCGGGCGGCGCCGAUCUGGAGCUGGGGCUCGCGACCGCCCCGCUGCUGUUUGCGUGGAAGGACAACGCCGCGCUGGGGACGCUGGUGGGGAGGAAGUUUGCCGAGCCGGGCGACGCCGACAAGGCCCGCCGAAUCGUACUCGCCUCCACCGGCCUCCAGCAGACCCGCGCCCUGGCGCAGGACUACGUCGACAAGGCCAUGGCCGCCAUCGCGCCGUUCCCCGACUGCGACGCCAAGACUGGCUUGCUCGACAUGUGCACCAAGGUCCUGCAGCGGCGGAAGUAG